UAUGUACAUAUAUAUACACCUAGCAUGAACAAUCCGUUAAUCCCCAAGGCGCGAAAGCCCAAGUUUGACCUCCAUCUUAAGAUAUACGACCUCAACAACGUACCCCUCACCUCCGGAACCUCCUACGUGAAAUGGCAUCUCCCUGCCUCGACCGCCGCUGAGCACCGCGGCCGCACUGAGAAGGCCGGUAUUAAGGAACACAAAGUCGUCUGGGACUACACGCACACGAUCCCAGUACGGCUCACCAUCGAUAAGUCCAACCAUCUGCAGGAAUGUAUCAUAAAUUUCGAAGUCGUGCAAGAUUAUAGCAGCGGGAGUAGGGCCGAGAAGAUUACGCUCGGAUAUGUGACGUUGAACCUGGCGGAGUAUGUUGACGAGUCGGAGAGCGGGGAUGGGGAGGAUGGCGUUGUGAGGAGGUAUCUAAUGCAGGAGAGCAAGAUAAACAGUACGCUCAAGGUCGGCAUCUUGAUGAAGCAGGUGGACGGAGACCGAAAUUUCAUUGCACCUCCACUAAAGUCUGCGCCCGUAUUUGGAGGGAUUGCUGGCAUCAUGGCUGGGGAACAGGCGGAACAGGAUGAGCUGGGCAAUCUUCCCUCGAUGGGUAAAUCCCGCGACCACAGCGACCUCCAAGACAUGUAUCGCCGCGCGCUGGCUGCCUCCUGGGCUGCGCAGACUGGCGAGCUCCCCGCAGACCAAUGCAUAGAGGAUAUCUUUUCCGGCGGCGAUGGCUGGCGAGAGAAAUACGAUCCGGAAGCCUCACUCCUCAAUACACGUACAAACGCACGCGAAGACAGCCCGAGUGGGGAUGAACAUGAAAACCAAACACGAAGGCAUCGCAGCACGGGGUCUACAUCGAGCUCCAGGAGUCAGAAUACGGUUAAAGACGCCAAGAGACCGGGGCAUAAGAAGCAUAGAAGCAGAGAGAUGGAUAUGGGGAGAGCGACGGGCAUUCAAAGCCCCCAUUCUGCGAAGGCGAAUCAGGAGAGUUCGGAGCAGGAGAGAGAGAGAGGGAGAGGGAGGAAUGGUUUUAGGUAUGCGCGGGAAGUGGAUGAGUUCGAUAUUAGGGAGGAUCUGAUUGCGUGGAAGCUACCCGGGAGGGUGUCUUCGUAGGAGGGACUCUUCUUGAAGGCGUAUCCUUUUGGCGUCCGGAUGUCUAUCAAGUGGGGCAUAUUCCUGGCGUCAGGUUGUUGGGACUCUUUUGGUUGGAGGUUAGGAGUUUGUCAGGUCUCUUGUUCCAAGUCCUUGGUAUGAAAUUAAGCUGCGAGGCAAGCCCUUUACUUUCCAGUAUUGCUCCUUCUGUCUUUUUCUCUGUUUUCUCCCACUCGUGAUAUAUACGUCGAGUACGGCUUUAAGGGGGGCAGGGCUGUCGGCGGCGACGCUAUAGAUGUCAACGGCGACAACGAGGUGAUGGCGACCUGGUAGCUACAGGUGUUCCCCAUAACAACUGGGAGGUUGCACGUGAAUCUUCAC